AUUCUCCUUUGUGAGGACUUAAUAUGUUUAUGCUGAAGUUAGUGUAUCUUGUUUGAGUUGAUCUAAGUAUCAUAGUGAAACUCAAAACCAUCUGCUUAAAAAUAGGUUUCUAGAGCUAUUCUUGAAACUUUAAACCCUUUUUUGCAAAGUUCUUUCUUAUAAACUGUUGAAAUAGUUGGUAAGGUGCAGUUCAGGAUCUAACUCAUUUUCAAUGUCAGUGUUUUAAAUCAGAAGUUCUAACUACUCCAGUGGCUCUAUAGCAUCUUCAUGUUAUUUUCUAGCUUUUUAAGCAUAUUUGUUUCCUCACAGUAAAUAUUCAAUGGAAAUUUAUUUCUUUGUUUAAAAUAGUAAAUAGCAGGUACUUUACAGAAUAUUUAGGGAAGAAAUCAGAUGGGCAGUUUAGAUAAUGUAAUCCUAAUUUGGCAGUCCUAAGAAUUUGAGUGGUCUCACAUGUGUAGAAAAAGGAAACUUGGCUGUAUCAGACAAAAGUUAACAGAAUUCUUUUGCAUCAGCUGUCAAGUAUGAUAUCGAUCAUUAAGUAACUCAUCUAAUUUCUGCACUGGUUUGUGCUUUCUUUCCCUUUCUCUCUCUCCUACUGUCUUUUUCCCAGUCUUAACCAUUCACUAAAAGUGUUAAUGUUGUUAUAUAGAAAAUGCCCAGGAAACCAACCAGUUAAUUUCCCCCUUUAAUUUUAGAAUUAAUAUUGGAACUUUAGAUGACAUACUUUUCUGGGUUUUGUAAUUACUGAUAAAUUUAAAGGAAAGAUUUUUCAACAUUCUGGGUGUUUACCAGUCAGUCUGCAGGUUCUCAUUUGUGACAAGCUGUUUCAUAAACACUGCUUCUCUUGCUUACAUAUAAAUACACAGAUUUUAAACGUUUAAAAUGAAAUUUAUUUUCUAAAUCUAAACUGAUAGCAUUUGCAUUCUGUUCCUGAGAAGAAAAGUAAUCCCCUGGAGUCAUGAGCCACUUGUCAGAUUUCAGCUUCAGGGAAUCUGCCUUUGAUCAGCUUGGUGCAUUACAAAAAGAGAUCCUAAAGGACCUGGAUGAUUAUUAUGAAAAAUUUAAACGAGAGACAGAUGCCGUGCAGAAGAGAAGGAUGUUGCACUGCAUACAGAGAGCGUUAAUUCGGAGUCAGGAGCUGGGAGACGAGAAGAUCCAAAUAGUCAGUCAGAUGGUGGAGCUUGUUGAGAACAGAACUAGGCAAGUGGACAGUCAUGUGGAACAGUUUGAAACUUGUCAAGAGACUAAUGAUACCACUGGAAACAGCGGGAAAGCCAGCCAAGAUAAAUCAAAGACUGAGACAAUUGCUCAGGCUGAAAAGCCCAACAAUAAGAGAUCAAGGCGGCAAAGAAAUAAUGAAAAUCGAGAAAACGCUUCAAAUAAUCAUGAUCAUGAUGACAUCACCUCAGGAACUCCAAAGGAGAAGAAAGCAAAAACAUCCAAGAAGAAGAAACGAUCCAAGGCUAAAGCAGAGAGGGAAGCUUCUCCCCCAGAUCUUCCUAUUGAUCCUAAUGAGCCAACAUACUGCUUAUGCAACCAAGUCUCCUAUGGAGAAAUGAUAGGAUGCGAUAAUGAUGAGUGCCCCAUUGAGUGGUUUCACUUUUCGUGUGUGGGACUCAAUCAUAAACCAAAGGGCAAAUGGUACUGCCCCAAAUGUAGAGGAGAAAAUGAGAAAACUAUGGACAAGGCAUUGGAGAAGUCUAAAAAAGAAAGGGCCUACAACAGGUAGUUUUUAGACUUUUCGUAGUGAAGAAAAAUAAAACCACCAAACCAGUGUAUUUAUUGUCAGUGUCACCUUUGUUGAGGUGAAAGGAUUGUAAAAUGUAUAUUUUUAAAGGGGGUUUAAAACUGAACCAUUCCUGUUAUAGGGACGGCAAUAAGAGCAAUUUUGUUUUUCAUUUGGUAAGCUGUAAAAAGAAUGUGGUCUGUGGACCAGUGUAUUCCAAAAGUAAUAAGAGUUUAAGUUGAAUAUUCAGGUGGGUCUUAAAAGACAAUUUAAUAUUUUUUUUUUUUUUGGUGCUGGUAGCACUCAACCCAUUAAAAUUUUGAUGACAAAUAUUUCUGAAAUGUAAUUUCUUUUUCUUUAGUGGAAAAUUUUAUUUACCUCUUGAGCAAAAUUGUCAAAUAGUUGAGCCAUCUGGCUGUAUUUGAAUAAAGCUACAGUACGUUACAAAUAUAACUUCCUUCGAUGAUAACCACUGCAAGAUCAAACAAAAGAAAGGUAAAAUUUGGUUCCUGCUACAAAGUGUGUCAGUAUAACAGUUCAAUAGCAAAUGUUUAAAUAGGCUUAGAAGGGUAUUUUUUUUUAAAAAAAAAAAAAAAAAAAAAAGGUAAAUGGUUAAAUUUUACACAACAAAUAUUUUAUAUGCUGGCCAAGUACCACAAGGGCCAUUUUAAGAUGACUGAAUAUGUUUUAUAUUUAACCAGGAAGUGGUUUAGUAAUGAAACUUAACAUAAAUCAAGCUUUGUACUGUCACAGAUAGUAGUGUAGCAAUCCUUAAUUUGUAUAAGUUGUAUAAAUGUACAUUUUUAAGUGGAGUUGCACUUACUGUAUUAUACUGGGAAAUGCAGCCAAAUGCCAUUGUGUAACCAAUGUGCAUUUCCUGCUGUAUGUAUGAAAAUUGUACAGCUGUGAUAUCAAGAAAUAAAUGAAACAACUUUGA